AUGGGGGGUAAUUUCUUCGAAGGAACUAUUCCUCAAUCUUUGACUCUUUUGAAGGGGCUUCAAGAUUUAGAUCUCUCACACAACUUAUCAGGGCAAAUCCCAAAAGAUCUAGAGAAACUUGUAACAUUGCAAAGUUUGAAUUUAUCCUUCAAUAAUCUUGAAGGGAAGGUACCAACAAAAGGAAACUUUGGAAAUGCAAGUGCAAUUUUUCUAAAUGGAAAUGAUAAGCUUUGUGGUGGAAUUGCAGAGUUGCAUCUGCCUGCAUGUACAAACCAUGAAUCUACGAAACGAGAAAAGUCCAAUGCUCUUAGAAUAGUUUUGGCGAUAAUCGGUGUGAUUUUUGGUUUUCUUUUGAUAACUUCCUUUCUUUCUCUCUAUUGGAUAAGAAGAUCAAAAAGUAAACCUUCAUCCGCACCAUUAAUCGGUGAACAGUUCUUAAAGCUUUCUUACAAAGAUCUUUUCCAAGCUACUGGAGGAUUUUCGUCAGCUAAUUUCAUAGGUUCCGGUAGUUUUGGCUCUGUUUACAAAGGGAUUAUCAGCCAAGAUGAAACCAUUGUUGCAAUCAAGGUACUCAACCUUCAAUAUCCAAGAGUCGAUAAGAGCUUUAAGGCUGAAUGCAAAUCAUUAAGAAACAUUCGGCAUCGAAAUCUUGUCAAAAUUUUAACUUCUUGUUCAAGUAUUGAUUCAAAAGGCAAAGAUUUUAAAGCCCUUGUUUAUGAGUUUAUGCCCAAUGGGAGUCUAGAUGAUUGGUUGCAUCUGUCGGUGAAAGCACAUAAUCAUUCAAGAAGUUUAAGUCUUCUUCAAAGAUUAAACAUCGCAAUUGAUGUGGCUUCUGCUUUGGAUUACCUUCAUUAUAACACUUAUGCCCCAAUUGUUCAUUGUGACUUGAAGCCAAGCAAUGUUCUACUUGACAGAGAUAUGACUGCACAUGUUAGUGAUUUUGGUUUGGCGAGGCUACUUUUAGAACCUGAUGAGAAUUCAUCCCAGACUCAAACUAGUACCAUUGGGAUGAAAGGAUCUAUUGGCUAUGUUGCUCCAGAAUAUGGAAUGGGCGGAAGGGCAACUAUACAAGGGGACGUGUUUAGCUAUGGGAUCCUUUUUAUUGGAGAUGUUCACAGGAAAAAGGCCAACAAAUCAGAUGUUUACUAAUGACUUAAAUCUCCAUAAUUUUGCAAAAACAGCUUUACCUGCACACAUGAUGCAA